UUGAUUCUACUCUAUGUAGCAACGAAUUUCUUCUUUCCCUUCACUUUUGUUUUCUUUACAACCUGUUCCCCUUUUGAAAAAGUUGCACUAACCUCAUUACACAUUUCAAAUCUCAAUAUAAGAUAUUUACGGUAAAGUCUGAUUAAUAUCUAAUUUCAUAUAUUAUAACGUCUAUUUUUACGGGAUAACACUUUCAACAGAGUUCUUUUUUCAUAUCUGAGGUUCGAACGUGAAAUUUCUAGUUAAUAUCAAAGAAUUCACCGGUCAUGCACCACAACCUAUGUUGGUAUCCGAUCCCCUUUAUAAUAUAUUUUUCCUUUAGUAGUUUCAUGGAUCUAAAGUAAGGAACAAAAAGUGACUAAUCACCCUAGAUAUCAACAACUCUUUUUCUCACAAUCUCCAUUCUCCAUCUCUCUCAAUCUUUCGAAUUCCUUAGAGAAAAAAAAUAAUAAUCAAGAAUGGCACUAAGUAAUAAUGUGAUAGGGUGUAUUAACUUUGUAGCCAUGUUACUUUCAAUUCCAGUGAUUGGUGCUGGAAUUUGGCUAGCAAUGGAACCUGACAAUUCUUGUGUCAAAAUUCUACAAUGGCCAGUAAUUAUAUUAGGAGUUCUUAUCUUAGUUGUAGCACUUGCUGGUUUUAUUGGUGGAUUUUGGAGAAUUCCAGCAUUAUUAAUUUUCUACCUUAUUGCUAUGCUUAUUUUAAUAAUAUUGCUAGCAUGUUUGGUUGUAUUUAUUUAUAUGGUUACUAUUAGAGGUUCUGGUCAUAUGGAACCAAGUAGAACAUAUUUGGAAUAUCAUCUUGAAGAUUAUUCUGGUUGGCUUAGAAGAAGAGUUCAAAGUUCAUUCAAAUGGGAUAGAAUUAGAACUUGUCUUAGCUCUACAUCAAUGUGUGCUCAAUUGAAUCAAAGUUAUAAGAUGGCUCAAGAUUUUUUUAAUGCACCUUUAAGUCCUUUGCAGUCAGGGUGUUGUAAGCCACCAACACAAUGUGGUUACACAUUUGUGAACCCAACAUAUUGGAUUAGUCCAAUAAAUAAUGCAGCAGACAUGGAUUGUUUAAAUUGGAACAAUGACCAAACACAACUUUGUUAUUCUUGUGAUUCUUGCAAAGCUGGAUUAUUGGCUAAUUUGAAGAAAGAAUGGAGAAGGGCUGAUAUUAUUUUGCUUAUAACUCUUGUUGGAUUAAUUUGGGUUUAUUUGAUUGGGUGUUGUGCUUUUAGAAAUGCCAAAACUGAAGAAAUAUUCCGCAAGUACAAACAAGGAUAUGCUGAUAAUUAACAUGUAAUUUAUUUAAGCCGAAUUCAAAGUUUAGAAUCGGUGUGAUUAUAUUAUAUGUAUGCUACUUGAAUGUUGUUUUUUCUCCUGUUAGUAUACAUAUUUUGAAUUGAAAAUAGUGAGUUUAGUUGAACUCGCACUAAA